CCCCUACAACAUCUCAAGAUGACUCACGAGUCCGUUUGGUACAGCCGGCCCCGCAAGUACGGCAAGGGCUCCCGCGAGUGCCGUGUCUGCUCCCACCGCGCCGGUCUGAUCCGCAAGUACGGCAUGAACAUCUGCCGUCAGUGCUUCCGUGAGAAGUCCACCGACAUCGGUUUCAACAAGGUUCGUUUCUACCUUUCGCCUACACCGACUCGAGAAUACCGGGAAUAUACGAUUUCUUUCAUGGGCGCACCUCGGGCCGGUUCACAUUGA